CCAUUUGUUCUGUACACUUUGUUUCCAUAAAAUCGAGUUUGUGAUUAUUCAUUUUCUUUUUUAAUCCGACUAACUUUGUUCCCACUGUCCAUUUUACUGAUGAAAACCGUGAAUGUGGGUUCAAAACGACAUGCAGCCUCGGUAGAGAGUGAAACAGGAAGUGACGUCUCGUGGAUUCAGCGUUUGUCCGGGGCACCUGCGCUGCGACAUGUCGCCGUGUGAAACUGUCCCGAUAGUAAAGUAAGGUGAAACACAGGCGUCCAUCUUGGCGCGAGAGUGCGCGCGCGACCAGCUGCCCUUGUUUAGCUUCCGUCACCGGAGUUGAAAGUUGACGGUGUUUCACCAUGGAAGACCGAGGCGCUCACGUACACGUGACUCCAGCGUCAGAACAUGCCGGGCAGCUCCUCCUCUGGUCCAGAGUGGCUGUGGCAGCCGCCAUCCUGAAGAGCAGCGCUGCGGGCGCGAGUGGUCGAGAACAAGCCGAGACGUUGGCUGGCCAGCUGCAGAAGCAGGACCAGAGCUGGAGGCAGCAGGCUGAGGAGCUGCAGCUGGAGGUUCUGAGGCUGCGACAGGAAGUGGUCAGGAUCCAGUCUGGGAGCUCCUGGGCUGGUCUCACAGGCGGAGCUGACCCUGAGGGUGGAGCCAGAGCUCCAAACCCCCCAUCUGGACCACACUCCCUUCAGCUUUACGAUUCGGACCAGUCUAUGACACAAGAUCUGGAGCUCCCAGACCUCCAGCCACAGCAUGUGACCCAGAACCUGCCCAGUCCCCCUGCAGACCCACGGCAGAGAGUCUUUCUCCCUCAUUUUCACUUCCUCCAGGCCCUGUCCUCUCUGAAGCGCCUCUCCAGGAGUGAAGGUGCCCGGGACUCUUGGUGGCUGGAGCCUGAUGGAGGCUCGCUGCUGGUGGAGACUGUGGUCCAGCUGCUGGAUGCUGUGGUGCUGGUGACCCAGGACUCCGUGCUGCGUACCCCGUCAGACCUGAUCCUGGUGGCCUGCCAAGACUCUGUGAAGACCCUGGACCUCCUGUGUUGUCGGCUGCUUCAGUCUGAGGAUCUGAGGAAGCGAGUGCAGGACGUGCUGCAGCAGCUGACCUCCACGCUCCUGGACACUGACCACAGCAGCCAGCUGGAGGCCGCGGAGGUUCUGGUCCAGUGUCUGACAGUGCUGGGGCGCAGCAGCAUGGCGGGCUCCUUCCUCAUCCGUCACCUCCUGUCGCAGGUCAGCGCCGUGGCCAACCGGCUGUGGCGGAUGCUCCAGGUCAGCGGCGUGGUCCCGCUGCAUGUUAGAUAGCAGAUUGCCUCCAUCUGUCUCCGGCGGCUCGCUGACUCAGACGACCAUGAUCCAGAGGUGACACAGACCAAAGCCGCUGUCGUGUCAGGUGGAGUCAGCUGACCUGUCCUCUGACGUGGCAUGUCACGUCAGAGGCCUGUUAUCUGUGAGUAGGUCUUUUCAAGGUCAAAACCUGUGUGUGUCUAAGGGGAGGGGCUGGAGCUUCAUCUUCCUGAGAAGCUUCUUCCUGAGCCUGGAGCAGAAUACAGAUGAGUGGAACCAUCCGGGCUCAGAGGCUGUGAUGGCCGAGCUGCUGGACUGAGCUAAGCAGCGAGAUGUUUAGAAACCUGCUGGUGGAGCCCUGACUCGUGGUCGGGUGGACAGACAGGUGGCGCUCUCUCGGUGUGGGUUCUGCUCCGUGCGAAUGUCGCAUCCAGCGUGGACAUCCUGCUGGCUGCUCAGACGCUGCUGCGGGGUCACGCUCAGGUGACCUCAUGAUAUUUACUUCAGCUCAGGGAUAUUAGAUUUGGCUACGUAGGCGACAGAUGAAUUUUCUUCCUCCACUUCUGCCAGCGGCACCAGAGGAAAUGAGAGGUGGCCGGAGCGCUCCCCAUCUGCCCUCAGAGCUCAUCAGACUGCUGCUGCACCUGCGGGGCCAUGGAAGUGAGUGGGAAACAUGGAGCAGGAGGGAGCGCGGCGCUCAGGUGCCUGCUCCCUCUGGUUAUUCGCAGUCUGUCCACGCGUGGGCGGCUAAUCGUGGCUAACAGCUUCAUUAAUUAGUGAUUUGGCGGCUGGCAGGCGUGUUUCCUCUCUCUCGCUCUUCUGGACGUCGCCAGUCCUCGCAGACUUGGGCCCGGUUCCCAGCGACCCACAUGGUCUCCAACCGUCUGUUCUGGAACGCUGGGCUCUUCUGGGCGACAGAGUGAGCCAUCCAUCAGACAGGAGCACUUCAUUAACUAAUGAGUCACCUCCCCUGAGAGCUCCAGCUCCACCCACGC